UCCUGUCCCUUCUUUUUACCAAAUGUCCAGUACCAAAAAUCCAUGAAAAACAAAUCAAAUCAAGUCAAAAGGCUUUUGAGUGAACCACAAAUUCCUCAAAACUUUUCAAGAAAAGAUUACCCAGAAAUCAAUCAAUGGCUACUUCUACACUUUGUACUGUCUCAUUUUGUAGUUCAUCAUCUUCUGUAAGUAAUAAAACAACUAUGUAUUCUCUCCCAUGUUCCUGCUCUUCUUCUUCUUCUACGAAUUCAUACCUCAAAACCCUCAAAUUCCCGCUUUCCUCACGAUUUUCUCAACUGGGUUUCUGCAAUUUUACUCCCUGGAAUGGUCUCAAACACAUGGGUGUCUCAAUUUCAGCAAAACCUACCAAAAUUGGAAGAACAGCAAAAUGUAGAGGGAAGGUUGUUUAUGCUUCAUUGUUUGGUGUUGGAGCUCCUGAAGCUUUGGUGAUUGGGGUUGUUGCUUUAUUGGUUUUCGGGCCUAAAGGGCUAGCUGAGGUUGCUCGAAAUUUGGGUAAAACAUUGCGUGCUUUUCAGCCUACCAUUAGAGAGCUUCAGGAUGUUUCUAGGGAAUUCAAAAGCACCUUGGAGCGGGAAAUUGGUCUUGAUGAUGAUCCAAGGCAAAUAAAAAGGACACCGCCAAACCCAGAUAAUUUCACCUCAAAUUCACCAAUUCCCAGCUCAGAGGAGUCUCAAACUGCGCCUGUGGCUGAUCCAAAUGGUUCUGUGUCAAACAAAGCAUAUUCUAGUGAGGAUUACUUAAAGAUCACAGAGGAACAGCUAAAAGCACAGCAAGAACUCAUGUCCUCUUCACCAGAAAGCCCGGUUCAAUCCGAGGUUCAACCUGAGAGUCAACCACAAGCAUCUGCAGCUUUACAGCAAGAUGUCACGUCCUCUCCUCCAGAAGGCCAGAUAGAACCCGAGAGUCAGAAUAAAGUCAUACAGCAGGAAGUUGUGUCAUCUCCACAAGAAAACACGAUUGAACCUGAGAGUCAACCUCGAGAAACGGCAGCUGCAACGCCCUCAGUCCAGAAAACUGAGAGUGAAUCCUGAGCAAAUUCCUCGGUGUUGCUUUAUCCUACGAUAUGGAUAGAGAUUAUCAAGCUGACUAAUAUGGCAGUUGGAGCAACCUCUAGUUACUGGUUGCUUGUACACCGGGAUAACAGUUAAUCUACGUAGUGGCAGAUGCCGAGCAUUCGUUAUAAGAGGAGCUAUUCACGUUUCAACCAAAAUUUUGAUCUUUCUCGAGCUUUGUAAAAUCGAAGAUGCUCUCAUUUUGCCGCAUCAUUUAGUGUUUAGAUACUUUGAAUUUAUUUUAGUGACAAACCAUUGAUCUUGUAAAUGUUUGUUGAACUGUUAUAUACUUGUAUUAGAAUGACAUUCUUUGUGCUGGAAAUUGAGCCAUGUAAUGAAGAGAAGAAAGCUGGUUUGUUCACAGGUUUCUAUUUUUAGAUACUAGAGAAUGUGAAGGUUUGGAUA